AUGGGUUCGCGAAACGAGAUAAGAUCACUGACAGGUAGAUGCGAAGAAGACGUUGUAAGAUCAUCAAUAGGUAGACGUGGAGGAGGCAUUGCAAGAUCACCAAUAGCCGAUCCCAGUGAAUCAAAAAGCGGGCGAGAUGGAGAAAUUAUCUUUCUAAAAGAGAUCAUGAAUCCUAGCUAUUACACUUUACGUUAUCUUAAAGAGCCCGAAACCCAUUGUUUUCCAAACAUUCAACUUUCUAACAGUUUAACUAAGACGGAACAUGAUGCAAAUUUCCGUAAACUUAUGCUUCACGCUCGUUAUUUUCAUAAAAAAAUUUUAUGGGAAGAAUUUUUAGUAUUAGAACGAUUGUUUUAUAAAAAUAAAAACCAACACCAAAAGUCUUUUUACUUUCGUAGAGUAGCUGAAACUCGGCGUAUUUUACAAAGACUGAAAGAGCUUGACCUUGGGCAGUUACUGACCGAGCUUGUUCACUUGUUUUAUGGUCAAAAAAGUAAAAAAGCAAAAGGACAAUGGGAAUUUAUACCAUCACGAGAGAAGAUAUUUUAUGCACUCGAUCGAUUGGCAGGAGGUGCAAUACUUAUGAAUAAAGCUUUAAAUGCAUAUUUUGAUACAUUCUGUGAAUUUCAUAUUCUUUUAUCAAGAAUGGAAUUUAUGACCUUAUCAUUGGCGAUGUUAUCAUUAUUGGCAAGAUUAUACAUUUUAACACGUGCUUGGCUAGAUGAAGUCAAAGAAUGUUUCAAUUUACUGAGGAAUUGGGCAGAUUGUUUUCCGAUUUUAUCAAAUGCUCCAAAAGAUUUAGAAUUGUAUAGUGGUCUGAAUCUUCCAUGUGCGUUAGAGAUUAAAGAUUUAUUAGCAAUGAGAGAUUCACAAAGUAAUAAUAGAAUUAAUAACAGCUCAACUGCUUUUGAAAUGAUGAUUAACGAAUUGAAGUCGAAUAACGAUAACAUUUAUAAAGACAAUAACAAUAAUAAUAAUAAAAAACUGUAA